UGUAUCUUAUAAUUAGAUAACUUUUCCAGGCAUCUUAGUAUUUUGAAGAUACUUUUGUUCACUAAGAUACUUUUACUAAAAUAAACUUCGCAGUUUUUCUUUCCGAACGCAACUGAACGCAGAGCGUCGUUUAUUUCGAUACCUUAACCGAUCUGAAAUUAAAUGACAGAGGGCGACACUAUCUUUUUACAAAUGUCAUCAGUUAAAGUGAGAUUGUCAAUGCCACAAAAAAAAGACAAAAAAAGAUCGUCAAUGAGUGUGAUCUGUCACUAGUGUCACCUGUGUCACUGUCACUCCUUCCGUAGGAUUUUCGUGUGUACGCGGUCGUGGUGUUUGGUGUUUAAAAUAGAAUAUUGUUAUUAAUAAAUAAAAAUAACAAUAUCACCUUUGUGAGAUUCGGGAUCGCGAACAUGGAAAUGUAAGUCUUAUUUUAUUUACAUGUUAGUCAGAAAUGUGUUUGUAACGUGCGUCGCAAAAAGAACGGGAAAAGUUUAGGUUUGAAUAACAACGGAAAAAUAUCAUCAUUGAUGUUUUGAACCGACUUCAUUAUGCAUUUAUUUUUAAUUUAGAAAUCACAAAUACGUGUUAGUAAACUGAUUAAUAUACAAUUUAUAAGUUUAAAUCAGAAUCAGAGUCAAAUUGAACAUGCGUUAACCUAACAGAAUGUUUAAUGAAAAUGAAGAAUGAUGAGAAUGCCAUAAUAGUCUACUUUGGCUACCACUAAUAGUCCGUUAUUUUGUCACUGCCAUGAUAAAAUUUAUUUUUAUAUAUUUUUUUCGUAACAAAGUUUGAUUUGUGUUUUCAGGGAUAAACAGAACAAUUUAAAUAUACCACUGAUUUUAAAACACUGCUUUCAAAGUAUUAAGCAAGUGGAUGGAAGUGAUGUGAAUGUAUCUGCAAUAUGCAAUGUAUGUUCGAAAACGAUAAAGGGUAGUGUUACUUCUACUACCAAUUUCCUGAAGCAUUUAAAGAUUAAAGGCCACUCAGAUCUGUUGCAAGAUUAUGAAAAUGUUAAAAUUACAACUCUUAAAAAAAGAAAACUUACUGAUAAUAGUAGCAGUGAUGCAAGUGGUUCAGAAUCAACAUGUAAAAAAUGAAGCAGUCUACACUUACAGAUGUUACAAGUGGUUCAAGAUCUAUUAAUUUGGACAAGUUGAUCAUACAUUUUAUUGUUGACACCAUGUCUCCAGUAUCAAUAGUGGAGAACAAGUCUUUUAAAGCUUUGAUUGAAGGUUCACAGCAACUAACUAAGCCUCCAAAGGUUAUGUGCCGUACUACAGCUAAGAAUAAAAUUAGUAAUGAGUACAAUGAAUUUAAGAAAAACCUUAAGCUAGAGUUGGACAAAGUGGAAUUUGUGUGCAGUACAGCUGAUAUUUGGUCUUCAUCUAAAAGAAGUUACUUGGGGGUUACAGUACAUUGGAUUGAAAGUGAGACUUUUGAAAGAAGAAGUGCUGCAAUUGCUUGCAGAAGAUUCAAAGGGGUUCACACAUAUGAUAAAGUUGCUGAAAUGAUAGCUGAUAUACAUUCAGACUAUAAUUUGAAAAUAUCAAAAAUUGUUAAAACAGUUACAGACAAUGGCUCAAAUAUGGUAAAGGCUUUUGAGGUAUUUGGAAAGUCUGAUUCAGAGGUAGUUGAAAAUGAACAUGUUUCACCAGCAUUUGAAGAUCUUGAAAAAUCAUCAGUCGACGAAGUUAGUGAAGAUGAUGAUUCACUUCUAGUACCACAAGCUUUUCCAGAUGCUUCAUCAGACUCGGAAGGCGAUUGCCUUCUGCCCGGACAUGAAAGAUGUGCUACACACACUUUACACCUGAUUGCUAGUACUGAUUUCAAGCAAGCAAGAACCAAAAAUACAUUUUACAAGAAAUUACAUGACACAGCCUUAUCAAAGUGCCAAGCACUGUGGAACUUGUGUGCUAGAUCCCCUAAAGCAUGCGAGACAUAUUUACAAAUAACAGGCAAGUCACCAACUUCCCCAUGCGCCACCCGAUGGAACUCCUACUAUAAUUCAAUACAAGAUCUUUUAGCAGUGCAGAACCAUCUUAGUGAAGCCAUGAAAAUGUUAAAGUUACCACCGCUGAAAGAAAAUGAAAUUCACUUUUUAAGUGAAUAUGUGGACUGCUCCAAGCCAAUAGCAGAAGCUAUUCAAAGUCUGCAAGGGGAAAAAUACUCUUACUAUGGUUGUCUGUUACCGGAAUUAUACAGAAUCCAACAUCUUACCAAAAGUCUCAGAAUGGAAAAUCUGAAAUACUGCAGCCCUUUGCUAGAUGUAAUAGAAGAAAACUUAUGUAGACGUUUUAAACGGUUUUUGCAGUUGGAACCAGCAGCAAAUGAUGCUAUAUUGGCCUCAGUGUCCCAUCCUAUGUUUAAGCUGAAAUGGGUACCAAAAGCGCAAAAGGAAUAUGUAAAAGAACUUGUCCUGUCUGAAACUAGAAAGAUAAAUCGAUCAGAAAAACAAAAAUCGGACACUUUAAACAACAUUGAUGGUGAUAUAAAAAAAAAAUCAAAAGAUGACUCUUAUUAUAUGUUUCUAGAGGACUCCGAUUCCUCUAUUGCUAGUGGCGAAAACACAAGCAGCACCAGUGAUUUAGAGACACUCCAGUACCUCAACAAUAAGGAUGCAAACUUUAAGAGCCUUAAUGCUUAUCCUACAAUUAAAAAAAUAUUUCUAAAAUAUAACACCUGUUUGCCCAGCUCUGCCCCUGUGGAGCGGCUCUUUUCCUUUGGAGGCAUGAUAAUGAGGCCUCAUCGAAGGAAAAUGAGCGACAACAUGUUUGAGGAGCUAGUCUUACUCAAAUCUUUACUAAAACAUAAAUAGAUUUUAAACUCUCAAUUUUAAACUUUCCUACAUAUUUUGUCUUGUCACAUUUGCCUAAUCCUUGAUAUCAACGCUGUCUAUUUGAGAACUGUUUUCAAAUAAAACGAAUAAACUUACAUUCA